AUGUCCCGAGAACGCUGCUGCUGCUGUUGCUGGCGCUUACCACCACCAGGGCUGCCUCCGCAGCGAAGCGCCACCCCGACCACCGCCACCUCCUCCACCACCGCCUCCUCCACCUCCGCCACCACCGCUGCCUCCGCUAGCACCGCCGCCGCCUCCGCCGCUUCCGCCUCCACUGCUGCCACCAACACCUCCACCCCCGCCACCACUCCCACCGCCACCCGCACUCCCUCCGCCGCCUCCACCGCCACCUCCACCUCCCCCGCUAGCUCCACCCGCGCCCUUGCCCCCCUUGCCCUUGCCAGAGCGGCGUCUCCCGCUAGGGACAGACGCCGCACCAACCGACUCAAGACCAACGAGGUCGGCCGCAGCGGCAGAGGCGACAGAGGGCAAAAGGGGGGAAGGAGAACACCCCUCAAAGAUGGGGAGGUCAACAGUGAGAGUGGUGGGACAGACUGA